CGCCAUUUUGGAACAUCGAUAGUCAGUGAUUCAAAAAUGUUGAAACGUCAUUCUCGUCGAGGCAUUAGAAAAGAUCUUUCUAACGUCUAUCGAUCCUUCUUUCGUAUAAUCAUAAUUUUUCCGUCUUUUAUUUUGAUGGACUGAUAACCGCAUUUCGCCCAUAACAUCGGUUUUUCAGCGCGUCAAACGAUCGCGGCGGUAACCGCCAUCUUGUAGCUGUCAAAAGUGAUUUUCGCUGAUGAUGCUCGACAACUCGAGAAGUCGCGUUUUCGUUUUGCGGAUCAACGCGUAUAUUCCCGAAUGUCGUCUUUUCGCGCAACGUCAGGCUCGGUCAGGCACGACCAUCGGUUUUUGAGUUAAUCACGACAAGAGUCGCGCGUCGUCGCUCGUUACGAAUCUAUCUCACGACGGUUUUUUUUCCGUUGAAAAAUAAUCGUCAAUAACACUCUGGGGUUGGACGAGCCAUUAAGACUGUGGAAGUUUUGACUGAAAUGCCUUUGCUGACCCCGACGACAGACGUGUGCUCUUGCUAAGGAGAUACUUUUAUUGAAGACAGGAAAGAAAUCGCGCUGGCGGAGACUCGCGGGAACGGAAAUACCGUGACGACCGACGGCGUCGCGGAAUCGAAUGUCGUCGGGGAAUUAUGCGGCACAAAUAAUAUGGACGAGGGCGAAAUUCUUCUCCUACCGUCCUUUUCUUCUAACAACACAAUGAAUAAGGAACGCCCGCGGAAGAAACUCUGGCGGAACGCGGUGCAGGUAGUGGCGAGCGACGACGAAGAUUCGGACGGCCAUGAAUGUACUUUCUUUCCGGCUAAGCGACAUUGCAGCACGCAAUUGUCCGAAGUCGAUGAGACACGAUCAGACACGGAGCAACAUAUGAAUGCAAACACGGAAACAACAACUAAUAAUAUAGGAAAUAUUGAGUAUGAUGAAAUUAUAUACCAAAUACAGAUUGAAAAGAAGCUUAAAUUAUGGCAAGCUUUUCAAGAGGAAGAAGGAUCCAUGGACAAUAGUAUUAAUGAGGUGUUGGCUUACUAUAGGAUGAUGCAUCCACCCGAUCCUCUGGAGGAAGAUUCCGUUGGUUCAAGAUAUCAUUUGUCAUAUAGAAGAAAUGAUAUGGAAGACACAGCAGUGACAAUGGCAAUUCGCAAUCAUGGCUUAGUCCAAUCGGCCGAACUCGCUCUUCAACCACAUUAUUGUAAAUGCAUAGGUGUAGAUUGUUCCUUUUCAUCCAAAUGUAUGUAUGAACUAGAUGACUUUUAUGGAACUGUCUACAGCAAUGUAGAAACGGGAAGAUGCAAUGCGCUGGAUGCGGAUAAAAUAUAUGAAUGUGAUCAGCCAGAAGAUUUCUUGGAACGUGCCGUAGGGGAAGCAAUUAAGAAGAAGGGUCUGAGUGCUUUAAGUGUGGAUUACGGUUGAAUAUGUUAGUUGAUAUAUCCUUCUCCCCAUUCCUUUGAUGUAUUUAUAUAAUAAUAUAGUAUAUCUCUAAUUGUUGUGCUCCAUAAAUCUAUCACGACUUGAUUUUAUAUUUGAUUUUUAUCGUACGAGUUGUAAAUGUUUUACAAACAAUACUCUCGAAAUAUUUUAUACUCAUCGUAUACAUUCCGAUGUAACGGAUUGCUUAUAUUGAAUGAUUUAAGAUUUUAUUUAAGAAUAAUAUUGAUUUGCUAUAAUAAUGAUUUUCUGAUUAUUAAUAUUUUUAAUAGCCAGCUAUUAAUAGUAUUGAUAUCACAUUAAUUAUAUUUUUAUAUAUGUAAAUAUAUAUGAGAAUAUAAUUAUUGUAUAUAUAUAUUUAUAUUAUAAAUUAUAGCUUUGUAAACAAUACAUAUUUCAGAAGCAGCUAUUUCGAUUGAAGUAAAGUUUAUUUUAAUCAAAGAGAUGUAUGUUUAUUGUUAAAUUUGUGAACUAACUUUCUCUUUUAAUGCAUAUAUUAAUUAUAUAUAAAAACUACUCAUGUUUUUGUUAAAUACUAUAAUUAUAAAAUGAAACUAUACAAAUGGUUUUAUAAAAAAAUAAUACGAGAGUACUUGUUUUAACUUUCGCGGUUUUGAUUAAUCGAUAAAUGUACAAUACAGAACAGUAUCUAGAAAUAUAUUUCCUCACAUUGGCAGCACAAAUCAUGAGUUAGUAAUAAAACUGCAAGUUACUAGCUACAAUAAAAAUCUCCAAAUUCAUCAAACACUGAUGAGUGAUGUCAGUGAUGUGAUGUGUAUAUAUUUCGUUUCGAAUGCACCAUUGAUUAACUCUUGUUAAUUUUUCAUAGUUUUACAUUAUGGAUAAUUCGUCAUAUUCAUCAUCCAUACAGUCUUUUAGCGAGCCAUUAACGAAGGAACAGGAAAUUGCGCUUUACAGUAGCAUAAACAUGAAUCUGGAAGCCAUUCGAAAAGCUACGCACGAUAUUAACAUACAAUUUAAAAGUGUACAAAAAGAGAUGUAUAUUACGAAUGUCUUGAUAAAUGCGAUUGAAUCCAAAGUUUCAACAGUGAAUGCGGAUUAAAAUUUUCCGGAAAAAUUCCAUUCGCGAAAACUUGAAAUUAUAGUGUACAUGCAAUAAAGUGCGAAAGUACAUUUCAGUAAUGCGAAAGAAAUUGUAUUCUAAAUUCACAACUUAAACUAUAUUAAGAAUACAAUAUUAAAUUAAGAUAUCUAAUGAAAAAGAUUUUUGGUAAUAAUUAAUUGAAGAAUUUUAUGAUUCUAUGGAUGCAUUGUGAGAACUAGUCCAGAAUAAAAAUUUUUUUUUGUACUAAAGAAAUUCUUAUUUAUUAACAAAAAAUGGCAUUUUUGUGACAAUAAAUCAUAUAAAAUAAAA